AUGCCUGCUCCGCAUGAUAUAACCCACCAAGUUCGAUGGGACAACUAUAGCCUCAUUCUUCGCGGACAGCGUGUGUUUCUCAACUCUGGAGAGUUUCAUCCCUUCCGGCUGCCUGUCCCGGGACUAUGGCCAGACAUCUUGCAAAAAUUCAAGGCUGCAGGGUUCAAUGCGGUCAGCAUCUACACCCACAUGGGGCUGAUCAAUCCUGCUCCUCACGUCAUCGAUAUGGACGGUUGGAGGUCCGUCGAAGCUUUCUACGAUGCUGCCAAAGAUGCCGGUCUAUGGGUCGUGCUCCGCCCUGGUCCAUACAUCAAUGCUGAAACAACUGCUGGAGGCUUUGCUCACUGGCUUACGGCGGAAGUCUCUGGAACACUGCGGACUAAUGCCUCCGACUUCCACGCCGCUUGGCAAGAUUAUAUUGAGGCUAUAAUCAAUGUUACGAUACCUUACCAGAUCACUCGUGGUGGACCCGUCAUCGCCAUACAAAUCGACAAUGAAUAUUCUCAAUACGACUACGGCGAAGAAGGCGCGCAGUACUUCGCUCAGUUGGAAGAUGCCUAUCGUGCCUCCGAUAUUGUAGUGCCAUUGACGUACAACGAUCCCGGCCAAUACAAGAAUUUCGUGAACGGUACCGGCGCUGCCGACAUUUAUGGUCUAGAUGCGUAUCCUCAAAGGUUCGACUGUUCGAAUCCCGAAAGGUGGAACCCCGUUACUACGAAUUACCGACAUUAUCAUCUUGAUACCAAUCCUUCGCAACCGUUCUAUUCUCCGGAGUUCCAAGCCGGUGCCUUUGAUGCAUGGGGACCGGAAGCACCUGGUUAUGAGGCAUGCCGUAAGCUCACGAACUCGGACUUCGAAUCUGUCUUCUAUCAUAGCUUAUGGGCAGCCAAUGCCAAGUUGAUCAACUACUACAUGGUCUACGGCGGGACAUCAUGGGGAGCGCUUCCGUUCCCCGGCGUGUAUACCAGCUAUGACUACGGCGCAGCCAUUGCGGAGGAUCGCCAUUUAACAGAGAAAUAUGCAGAGUUGAAGCGCCAAGGCCUCUUUUUGCGUAGUUCACCAGAAUUCUACAAGACGGAGUGGGUAGGGAAUAGCACCGAUGGCGCUGUCGCUAUAACCGACCCAGCCGUGUUCGCUGUCCUCCUGCGGAACCCCGAUACGAACACAAAGUUCUAUUUCUUGCGCCAUAGCAACUCUUCCUCGCUGUUGAAGACUAACUUCGGUUUGGACGUCGACACCUCGAUUGGGCAGCUACACCUCCCUCGACUCAGCGAUUCGCUAUCAGUGAUCGGGAGGCAGAGCAAGAUCGUGGUCACGGACUAUCACUUUGGAACUUCAACUCUACUCUACUCGACAGCCCAAGUUUAUUUUGCCGGCCGGAUUGGUGACCGCGAUGUCCUGUUUCUAUACGGCGACGUCAGACAAGAUCACGAAGCGGCCAUUGAUCUGACAGGAGUUUAUAAUCCAAUACAGAGACAUCCCCGAGUAUCCAUGAUGCGGACCGAUCUUGACGGUUCGAGUCGCACACUCAUAUCCUUCCUCUCCGGUAUCGAAGGCUUGGUUACCAUCUGGGACUCCAGCACGCAACUAGUCCUAUACAGUGACAGCACCACUGCGGGCACGUUCUGGUCUCCCCCAAUUGCAUACGACAACAAUUCGUUCUCGAACUACUGGAGCUUCGGCACCAACGUCACGGUGUUGGUUGGCGGUCCUUAUCUAGUGCGCGAUGCUCGAAUCCGCGGUAGGGAGCUUGCUCUCAGAGGGGACCUUGACAAGGAUGCACGCCUUAUCGUCAUCGCGCAGCCAGAGAUAACAACCGUAUCUUGGAACGAUAUUCUAGUUCCCUUUUCCAGCGCGGCCCAAGAAAUUUCCGCUACAGGCAUGUUCGUCGGUGACCUGGUCUACUCCUCUGGUCAUGAAUCGGUGUCCCCCGUGGUCCUCCCACCACUCACUGGCUGGAGUUUCGCAUGGAGUCUGCCUGAAAUAUACCGCAAUUUUUCAGAUUCGCGUUGGACGGCCGCGAAUCAUACUCAAACGAAUAACCCUUGGGGCCCGGAAUAUGGCGAUGGUACCGUAUUGUAUGGAUGCGAUUAUGGCUUUUGCGAGAACAUCGUUCUCUGGCGCGGUCACUUCACUGCAGAUGAAGCUCGAUCACUGAACCUAUCUAUCAACGGCGGAGAAGGCGAGUGCUUCUCCCACAAUACCUCCGUUGGAUGCUCAUACACUGUACAAUCAGCAUUCGCUGCCAGUGUGUGGUUGAACGAUAGAUUCAUCCGCACAACCUAUGGCAAUUCUACGAACAACAAAAAUAUAAUCGAGGAAACAGAUGAAACCUAUGUUUUUCCACGGGAUGCCCUUCGACUCGGGGAAGACAAUGUCAUCACUGUCGUCCAGGAUAACAUGGGUCUAGACGAAGCUUCGGAUGAAACGCCUGACUCAUCGAAGUCACCCCGGGGGAUUCGCGGUUUCAGCCUAAGUUCUGGUAACUUUUCAAGCUGGAAGGUGCAAGGCAAACUCGGUGGCUAUCAAGACUACCCCGACAAAACCCGCGGCGUCCUGAACGAGGGCGGCCUUUAUGGUGAACGGCAGGGAUGGCAUCUUCCGGGUUAUGACACCUCGGGUUGGAUCCAUCGCGAAUUGGACGAGGGUCUACCUGAAGGCGAAGCCGGGAUCGGGUUCUUCAUCACGAGCUUCGAGUUGGAUAUUCCUGAUUACCUUGACGCUCCGAUCUCGUUCGUAUUCGACAAUGUCGAGCAGCCUUAUCGCGCCUAUCUCUUCGUGAACGGAUGGAUGAUGGGCAAGAGGGUUGCUAACCUUGGUCCUCAGUAUCGGUUCCCGGUGCCAGAGGGUAUACUGAAUUAUCGCGGUAACAACACCGUUGCUGUGGCGCUAUGGGCUAUGGAGCAAGCCCCCCUUGAGCCAAGCCUUCGACUGGAACUUGACGGUGUAUACGAGGGUGGAUUCGGCAGAAUAUCGGUCCACAACCCGCCGUACUCAGCGUCCAGGAGGGAGGGUGCAUACUGA